GCAGAGCAAUGGUUCGGACUGCAUAUAGCAAAAUGGCGGGAAAACUUGGCGCCCUCAAGUCUUUCCUGUCUCUUCCUCUAUAUAACCCGACCUUUCCCUCUUCAUCACCCACUCGCCUCAUACCAUUUUCCUUUUCAAGUUCUCCUCGUCGUCUUCGUGUAAUGGCUCAAACAGAGGUGCAGAGCAAUGGCUGUGAGGUCCUGGAGCCUUCCCCAAAGAUCCAAAAGGUUGAACACAACGGUACCACUGAAAACACUCAAACAAUCAUGCCGUUUCUUCGAGUGAAGAAGCUCUCUGACAAGGCCGUUUUGCCUUCUAGGGCUUCCUCUCUCUCCGCCGGUUACGAUCUAUCUAGCGCGGUGGAGACGAAGGUGCCAGCAAGGGGUAAGGCUCUAGUGGCAACUGAUCUGAGUAUAGCGAUCCCUGAAGGAACCUAUGCUCGUAUAGCACCACGUUCGGGCUUGGCAUGGAAGCAUUCAAUCGACGUGGGUGCGGGUGUGAUUGACGCGGAUUACAGGGGACCUGUUGGAGUGAUUUUGUUCAACUAUUCGGACGCUGAUUUUGAAGUGAAGGUCGGAGACAGGAUUGCGCAGCUGAUAAUCGAGAGGAUCAUGACGCCUGAGGUUGAAGAGGUUGAAGAUUUGGACUCCACUGCCCGGGGUGAAGGCGGUUUUGGAUCUACUGGUGUUUGAUCGUAUCUUGUUGGCUCUCGAAUUUCUAAUGUUUUGGAAAAUUAGGGUUAGAUACGUAGCUGAGAAUGCCUCCUAGUAGUUUUGUCGAAUGGAUGGUGGGCUUAGUUUAUGCUUUUGCCUGCAUACUAAGGGCGCUGUAAAAAUGAUCUUUGCUGCUAGAUUUAUCAACUGAAUCUAAUUUCAGGGCAAUUGGAUUUUUAUUCCAAGUGGAAGAAAAACAGAGGAUUAGGAAAA